AGCCCAUUCUAGUGUGCAGCAGUCCACGCUACGCUAAGCUAUUGCUAAUAACAAGUGUUUACAUAUAAAUAAAGUUCUUUAUACAGCAGACGAGAAUAUAAAGACUAGAGAGAGAAUGAGUGUAAGUGACAGUAGCAGCAGUGAGGAUGAAAACGCAGACAGGAUUAAAGCAGCAGUCUGGAGUUUCAGUGUCGGGUCACAGCACUCACAUACAGAUGGAGCUGGAGGGACAAACGGCAAACACAGUAAAAGAAUAAAACCGGCCGAGCAGCAACACGAACUCGACACGACGCCAGAGUUCCGCUCCCACGUCGCCAAGAAGCUCGAGACCAUGCUGGACAGUCUGAUUAAUGUAGAAACCACCAAGACUUCAGAUUCCAAACCUAAUCAGGACGAAGCUACAGAGAAGAAAGAUCAGGAUCAGGAUGAUGGUUUCCGACUUUUUUCGACAUCUCUUCCUGGAAACUGGCAGGAGGUGCCAGAUCCGCCUCCGCCCCCCAAGCGCAGACCUGUGCCCAGCUCCAGUGACAGCGACGACGAGAUGAAAGAGAGACUCCGAGAGGCGGCCGUUUCUCUAUCAGACCUCCUUCCUCCCUCCACCCUCCCCAAAAACCAGGAGGAACGGAGAAUCAGUGCUGAGAAAGAUCAAGAAAGCACCGUACCCAGGAAAAAGAAGAAGAAGAAGAAGAAUCAGAAAGCUGUGAUAGAACAGAGACCGGAGGAGGAUUCAGGUAACGAACAGAGGACAGAUGAUGGACGGGGUGGAGAAGAAAAGCUGAAGAAGAAAAAGAAGAAGAAACAGAAAGAGAAUUUUGUACAGACAGUCGAUGAAUCCAGCGCUCAUGAACAGAGGACAGACAAGGAACCAAGCGGUGAGAAUAAUCUGGUAAAGAAAAAGAAGAAGAAGAAAAAGAUCAGACUGGAUGAAGCACUGGAGGACUGAUUUUUUUUUAAUGCGUUUCUGGUUUUGUUGGGCGUUCGAUCUGCUUCCCUGUUUUUUUUAAUAAAUUUUGUUGUAUAAAACAG